UUGUCAGAAGGUUGUUGUAAUUCUCCUGUUGAUAUCAUUCUGGCACUGGAUGCAUCAGGAAGCGUGCUUAAAGUAAACUGGGAAAAGAGUGUGGAUUUUACCCGAUCGCUGGCUGAAAAAUUACUUAAAUUAAACCCUGAAAGUCGCAUAGGGGUCAUUGAUUUUAGCCAGGUUGCCAAUGAAGCCAUUUCACCGACCAGUGAUCGCGAUGGUCUGAAUCUAAGGCUUGAAACCGUGAGAAACUCGUAUCAAAAUGGUAUUACUCGAACUGAACUGGCAUUAAAUAAAGCUCUUGAGAUGUUUAACAGGAUUAACAAACAAGGUAGAAAAAAACGGCUUCUCAUAAUCACCGAUGGUGUAACGACGCCGCUGAAUGGAAUGGUAGGACUGGAGCUGUUAAAGAUGCCAGCUGAAAGCCUUGAAUCAGCUGGCGUAACCAUCAUAGUGGUUGGAGUGGGGAAUCAGGUCAAUGAUGAGGAGUUGAAUUUGAUGGCUACCGAUCCAGAUAAAGAAAAUGUAUUCCGUAUUGAAAAUUACGAUAAUCUUCCAGAUAUAGUUGGCAUCUUAAGCCAGGCUCUCUGUCAAGUCAACACUAGCAAAGGUAAAACAACCCGUGUAAAAUAGCUCCAUGGAAUUCUACAGAACUCCAUGUAUUUCCAUGGAGUUCAUGUAUCUCGUAGCAUGCGAGCAAGCUCUCCAUUGGGGGAGUCGCAAGAAGUCAAGCGAGUGCCGCGGGUUCGCCGCUCGCUCUCGCAUUUUCUCGCGGCUCGCUUCAUUCGCUCGCCAUAAAUUGGGGGCUUGCUGGUAGGCCAUGUAUCUCGAUGGAAUUUAACGAAAUGAUCGUACGUGAAUGUCCAGGUUUGGUUUUUCUAUAAAUACAGCCUCAACUCUUUCUAAACGGAAACCUCCCUUAAACCAGAUCAAGAGAUGGCCAGUCAUUAUAUUUGGCUCUCUAUAAGGAGGACGCCUUAUUUUGUGCACACUUGCUGUGUCGUUCCCUACUAUGCGUCAUAAAGAGUGCACUCCUCUUGUUACCAGUUUCUUUAGCCAGUAUUUAUGCUGAGAAAACAGGAGACUUGGUCAGGCUUCAAUCAUCCAACUUUUGGAAAGGGUAUCCUUGUUUUGUCCAUGUUCUGGUAGAUAGGCUCUCGACCUAAGGAAAGCAGAAGAAAACUCUUACAAACUCAACCAGGCAACUUCCUCUAAUUGAUCAAAAUUUAAAAGAAGACUUUAAAUACGAGACGUCAAGGCAAGCUACUUGCGUUUUUUUGUAAAAAAUAACAAAAAAUACAAAAAUAUCAUGUAGGCAGUAAAAGAAACUGAGCCCUGGAAAUAUUUUUACUGCCCUUUCUGCAGUAAUUUGAGUUUUAUGGUAAGUUUUUCUUCAAAAUUCCAAAAUUUUGGCAACAGCAAUCCUUGUUACUGCUUUUGGGUGAUUUCAAUAACUAGGGACAGUAGUGUUUAAACUCGAAUAUUUCUUACCCGGUCGAUAAUGUUCAUAAAAGUUUAAAUAAGCGAACGAGUAAAUGAUUAAGCUGCCUAUGUAUUUCUUUUUUAGAGGUCCCAAUUGCACCACCUUCUUCUUCCUCUCCUUCUCCUCCAAGUCUGGAUCUUUCAUUUGAUUCAAGUGGUAAUAAACUUAUUAUACGUACAUGUGUUAGUGACUUUCUAGCAGUGCAGGAGCUGUGUAAGUUUUAAAUGUUUUGUAACCUAAACUGAAGUUGACUUUACGACCAUGAAAUUUGCAUGAUUAACAUUUUUAAAGACAUGUAUUUCUGUCAGUAAGUCUUUCUAAGCCAGCGAGGCUCGAUAGGAUCCCCACCGUUUUCGUUCUCGUUUUCGUCUUGUUCUCCCUGUAAGGCAACCCUUGCCAAAUUAGACGAAGGGUAGAGACGAGACGAAGUGUGAUCCCCAAGUCUUCCAGAUAGGAAGUAGCGCAAACUGGGUAGAUUGCACAGAAGCCGGAAUGCUAGCAAUGAUGAUGGCGAUAUCAAGCUAACCCGAUGUACUUAUUUUACUUAAGUUGAUGUUAGGGUGUUUAUUUUAUUUCCAAUCUUUACUUAUCUCUACUUUUCUCUCUUAGUUACAACCUGUUCCGCAGUCUAUACAAAGGUAGGAUGCUUUAGGGAUGAUAUGUCAAACCCAAGACCACUCCCAGAACUACUGUUUACAGAUCGAGACCCAUCAGUAAAGAAGUACUCUAAUAUUCCUGUUGAUUGGCAAAAUUGGGACUCUUAUCUGAAGGACCUUGUAUGUCGCUGUGCAAAGGAAGCAAAAGUUCUCAAUUAUCAAUUCUUUAGUAUCCAGUUCUAUGGUAAGUUAAAUCUAGAAGCAAUUUCUAAAGGAAUUUCCUAUGGUAAAACGGAUCAGUUUAGUUAUUUGGGCAACAGAGCUCGAUACAAGUUCAUCAAUCUCGAUGUGUCAACCGGUCUCGAUGAACAAUCGACCCCGGGAAACCGUACUUGAUGUGUCGAUACCGAGCUCGCGAGCUUGCCAAGCACCGACAUAACUAAUAUCAUCCAAAUAUUUUCCAUAACAAUCAAAUUAAGUUGCUCGCCAGAACGCGCCGUUGCAAUUACCUAGUAAACUUUUUUUUAGACAGGAACCAAUGAGGGGAUCUACUUACAAACUGUUAACUGACAGUGGUCCCGUGAGAAUGCCCGUCCAACAUAAAAUACAGUUCAGGGUUACGAUCAAUCUAAUGUAAUGUUCCUUCGUUUCGUUACCGAAUAUUUCAAGAUGUUACGUUGCAAAUGUAGUAGCCAGGCCCUUUGGCUCAAGCAAACUAAAUGGACGUUGUAUCAUUCAAUAAACAUUUAACAACCUUUAGCAAUUCAAACCGUGUAGGUGAGUGUUGGUCCGGACCGAACACUGGAGACACGUACAACAGAGCUGGUCUAGCGGAUACGUGCAUUACACGUGACCUUAAGCAGCGGUGUGAUCCUUCUGAUCCUGAAGAAUGUGCUGGUGAAAAAGAAACAAACUUUGUUUAUAGUGUUGAAUUACAAGGUAAGCAUAGUGCCUAAUAAGGCAAGGCUCAAGACUAGUUCUUAACAAUUACAAAAUGAGGCUGAGUAUGAUGUGAAGAAUUAUGCUGAUCGACUGUUGCGAGGAGUAUAACAUCCGCAGAGGGCAGACGUGAAUAAGAGCCUCUGAGAUCCGCGUAAUUCUUCAUAUCAUACGAAAGAUGAAUUAAUUCAAUUAUUGUUUUAUUAUUCAUGCAAAAUAUUUUUAAGUAACAAUCUUAUCUCCUAUUGCCUGGUUCUCGGUGCUUUUUCGCUAAGGAUGUAAACAGAUGUUUUUUUGCAGGUAGAAAAAGCAGAUUACAUUUAUCAAGCAAUAUCUUGUAUUUCGUUCGUUCAGUUUCUGUCAGACCUUUACCUUUUUCGACUUCGUGUAGGUGUAAACUAUUUCACGUUUUUAAAAUUCAUUCACGCGUAAACAGCUGGUGUAAGAGGCUGCCGUGCCGCUGUUUAGAAACGAGGAUGCGUAUCGUUUGUAUAUUUCCUAGAAUGAUAAGCGCCGGCUGGUUACAAUUAAUUAGCCGCGGGAUUGAAGCCACAUCGAAAACGCGAAACAUUUUGAAUGAAUAAUACAUCGAAAAUAUAUCAUAAGGUAUAUAAACCUGCUUAGUAGAUAGAACAGAAAAACAAGACUGUACACACUGUAGAACUGCAAUGAAUAGAGAGACAUUUAAAGAGAAACUUGAAAAUUUUCGAGGGAAAAAUGGAAUGGUGAAUGUUGGGUUACCUUGUUGCCUACGUUGACGCAGGCAAGUUACCUUGAGGUGUUUCAGCAUGUCAUUUGAAUCCAUAUUUUACCAAAUAUUUUCGCUCUUUAUUCGGUUAUUGAGGUUAAACGGACGCGACAAUGAAAGGAAAGCAUGUAACAUAGCCACAAGCUAAUAUAGAGUUUAAAGCUUUACCUGCAUCGUACUAACUGCUGUUUGUAAUAACCUAACGUUAAUUCUCUCAAACUUCUUGUCCAUUUACCCCUAUGCCGGUGAUGGCGAUGAUAAGCUGAUUGCAGGAUUAAAACAAUUGUAACAUUCCCAGGUGGAGAGAACAGGACAGAAUUGCAUCAGGGAUAUCGAACUAAUAGGCUUUAUUAUGUGUUUGGUUUCUUAGUCGCUGAGCCCGCUUGUAAAGUGACUUUUCACAAACUUGGAUGCUACAAAGACAACGAGGUGCUUCCCCGUCCGUUACCGAAAUUGAUGUUUACCGACCGUGAUCACAAAUCUUUACUUUAUAGCAACAUAAGAAUUGAUUGGGGCAAGUGGGAUUCUUAUAUCUCAGACUUGGUUUGUAGAUGCGCAGAGAAAGCAGCCGAGAACAACUAUCGCUUUUUUGGUUUGCAGUUUUUUGGUAAGUUUGUUUGAUAUGAAGUAGCAGUACUGUUUCUGACCAAGCCAUGCACCAUUAGACCACGCCAAAUGAUCGAGCUUUAGUACGAAGGAAACAAUCGCCGGAUAUGCAUUGCAAUGCUAUUUUACUGGACAGGAGCCUCAAGCUCCUGUACUGGAUUAGUAACCAGAAAGACAUAGGUUCGACUUCUUUUAGGAGUAAUAUGAUUUUUUCAUCUGACUAACUUGUGUUACUUCUAGUGUGUUCACAUUUCUCUCAAUUCUCUCUAUCUUUAUAAGCUAUAGACACACUCGAGUUUAACCCACGAAGCCGCACUGAGUACUGUUUUUAAGUAACACGAAAAAAAAUAAUUCAACACACUGUUUUGAAUUAUUUUUUGAUUUCUGCAACAACCCUGUUUUAAUGAUAACUGUUUACUCAUGAAAUAUUGUUACUUCGUUAAAGAUGCCAAUACUAAUAUUUUAGAGUUACCGUGUGGCACGAAGUGUUUGCGGGUUCUAAUUUUUGCUAUUUUUCCAGCGAUCCGCAAAAUAAAGUUCUCGCAAAUAGCAAUUACCGCAAGCAUUUUUUUUUUCGCAAAAAUUACUCCAGAGUAAAUAUUCUCUAACUAAAAUUCGCUACAUAAAAAUACAGUACUAAGAAAUCGUGUCUGUUCAAUCACAACUUGCCUCUUUCAUUCAACAUCAAACGGUAUACAAUGAAUUACUGGUUUUACACAGGGUACGCAUACCGUAGUAUUUUUUUUUUCUUUUGCACGUGGGUACUGGGUACUUUCUGAAAAUCGCAAAUUAAUCUCCAGCAAGGAAAACCAAUUUUUCUUAAUCGCAAAAAUUACUUCCCACAAAAUACAAAAAAUCGCCAAUCCGCAAAAAUGAAUUCCCGCAAAAAUUUCGUGCCACACGGUAUCAAGAAUUGCGUCCUGUUGCAAAACCGUUCUUCGCUAAAUCAAUUCUAAAUCCUUUAUUAGGCGAAUGCUGGUCAGGUCCAGAUGAUGAAAUCCAAUACAACAAAAUUGGGCGUGACGAUAACAAAUGUUUGACCAGAAACUAUCAGACAUGUGCGGCCAAUCCUAAUGCAAACAACUUGGAAUGUAUUGGUACACAAAAGGCCAAUUACGUAUACGGCAUUGCAAAAACUCAAGGUAAAUUUGAUAUCUCGUGAAUUAUCAAAUGUAUAUCCGAAAGCAGACUGUUUUUACUCCAGUCGGCUGAUUCCUCUUAGUAGCUUGAAUCUUUUUCGCGUAUCAGGCGAGCUGAGCAAGGUUUACUUGCUGGAAUGUCAAGGAUAUACGAUCUAGAGCUAUCUAGGUCUGGACAAAAAUCCCAAGCCCACCUACAAUCAUGCUCAAAAUCACUGGGAAGGAUUCAGCUUUUUAUCUGUCCUUUGCUUCUUUCCCCAGCCUCCUUGCCCAACAAACCUAGGGUGUUUGAACGCUUGAUUUUUCUAUCAUAUCCCAACAUUAACUAGACUGAAGGAAUCCGGAAGGGGAGAACUAUUUAGCGAAGGGGAAAAGGACUUCCUUGGCUAUUAUCAUAAACGCCAUGAAAGGGGCAAUUAUGCUAUUUAGUUGUAAAACCUUCCCAAAUACUUUAUACCGUGAUUGUAACUUGAAUAACAAAAAUGGGCGGGGAGGCAUAAACGUCAAAUUUAUAAUCUAGUAAUUCAUUAUCGUAUAAAGCGCUCAGUGAUGGUUGUUUUACAGAUCCAAGUUGUUCAGUGCCCUUUAAGUUUAUUGGCUGCUACAAAGAUCGCAUAAAAAAGGGUGUACCCAGACAGCUUCCAGUACUGCUUUUUACAGACCGUGACAAGUCAAGCAAAAUAUAUAGCGGUAAACCAAUUGACUGGGGCAACUGGGACACCUUUAUUGAAGACUUAGUUUGUCGCUGCGCAAAAGAAGCUAAGGAAAAGCGAUAUUCGCAUUUUGGUAUUCAAUAUUACGGUAGGCGUGUUUGUUAUAAUACAGUAUAUGUAAAAAUACAAUGCUGCACUGUCGUUUAACUCUCAGACUCGGGUCAAACAUUGAACUUCACUUGUGUCGAAACCAAUGCCAGCACCUGUGAGGUUUGACGCUCGACCCAAAUUAACCUAUGGGUGACGCAGUUCUCUCUAGUUCAAAAAGAAAACAAGCCGCUUCCUUUUGAAUGAGCCAAAGCGAAAAAUUUUUAACAGACUCACGCGACUGCUUGAACGGUUCUUGUGUGGGACUCAAACCCAUGGGAAGAAAAUGUUUUGUUAUCAUUCAGGCGCUGUGCGUCACGAGAUUCGACCAAUCACAAUGCGCUUGGAAAGAGCCGUUUUCCGAGGUAUAUGUGGUGAAAUUUUCGCUUUAUUCCAAGCUUGUGUAGGUAAUUUCGACACCAUACCGCCGUGGAAAUUUGUUGGAACACUUUAUCUUGAUAGCAGCUGCGUUACUUUUAUAUAUUUUGCUUUCUUGAACGUUUGUGACAAGUUUGAAUUGCUCGGUCAUGUGCAAGCCGCCAUGAUGAUUUGAUUGUAAUUUUUGCCUUUCUUCUUGGAUUCAUUCCUGGUUACUGGUAGCGGUUUUAUCGGAUUAUUGCGGUCAACUUGUUUCUUCAACCUUUCUUCUUUGCAAAUUUCGGGGUCUACUCGGGUCUACCCCUGAUAGGUCUACCCGUUAUGAGGCGUUGAAAGUGUCUUGGAAUGAAGAGAUUGUCUCAGCGAAGUAGCACAACUUUCGGGAAACGGGCUGAGAAACUUUUAAGCGAAAGCCGACGUGAAGUGGGUAACGCAAAAUCUACGAAGAGUAAAUAAGUUUGAAUGUUGUGAUAACCUUUAGACGCAAAACAUUUAGCACAACUGCCGGGAAACGGGCUGAGAAACUGACUUAAGCGAAAGCCGACGUGAAGUGGGUAACGCAAAAUCUACGAAGAGUAAAUAAGUUUGAAUGUUGUGAUAACCUUUAGAAGCAAAACAUUUUUCAUAAUCCAAUGCGGAAACUGAAAGCUUGUCUUUGAAAUAAUUUGCAUGCAGUGUGUUCUAUUUGUAUGCAAAUCUUCAGGUAAACUUACGCGAGGGAAUAAAUCUCUACCAAAACACAAAACCAUUAUCGAAGAUCCAGACGACAUCAUACAGGAUUUUAAAACUGUGAGGUUAGGUUUAUAACAAAAUCGAUACAAUGCACUCACGUCAAUGAGUAAUGGGUUCAUAAUAACCGUCACGAAUAUAGGGACAUUCCAUGACCACUUUGCCCACUAUGAGAAAGUUAAUGUUUGGUGUAGUUGGUGUAGUUAGUGUAGUUGGUGUAGUACAUGUAGUUGAUGCAGUAUGUGUAGUUGGUGUAAUUUGCGUAGUUGGUGUAGUUAGUGUAGUUGGUGUAGUAUGUGUAGUUGGUGUAGUAUGUGUAGUUGGUGUAGUAUAUGUAGUUGGUGUAGUAUGUGUAGUUUGCGUAGUUGGUGUAGUUAGUGUAGUUGAUGUAGUUACAGUAGUUGGUGUAGUAUGUGUAGUUGGUGUGGUUAGUGUAGUUGGUAUAGUAUAUGUAGUUGGUGUAGUAUGUGUAGUUAGUAUACUAUAUGUAGUUAGUGCAUAGUAUGUGUAGUUGGUGUAGUAUAUGUAGUUGAAGUAGUUUGUGCAGCUGGUGUAGUAUAUGUAGUUGGUGUAGUAUGUGUAGUUAAGGUAGUUACUGUUGUUGUUGUAGUAUAUGUAGUUGGUGUAGUUGCUGUAGUAGAUGUAGUUGGUGUAGUUAGUGUAGUUGGUGUAGUAUAUGUCGUUGGUGUAGUAUAUGUAGUUGGUGUAGUAUGUGUAGUUGGUGUAGUAUGUGUAGUUGGUGUAGUAUGUGUAGUUGGUGUAGUAGAUGUAGUUGGUGUAGUUGGUGUAGUUGUUGUAGUUAGUGUAGUUUGGUGUAGUUUUGUGUAGUUGUUGUGGUUUGGUGUAGUUGGUGUAGUUUGGUGAAGUUGGUGUAGUUUUGUGUAGUUUUGUGUAGUUGGUGUAGUUAGGUGUAGUUUGGUAUAGUUUGGUGUAGUAGGUGUAGUUUGGUGUAGUGUGUGUAGUUGGUUUAGUUUGAUGUAGGUGGUGUAGUUUGGUGUAGUUUUGUGUAACAACUACACUAACUACGCCAACUACACAAACCACACCAACUACACAUACUACACCAACUGCAUAUACUACACCAACUACAUAUACUACACCAACUACAGUAACUAGACGAACUGCACUAACUACACCAACUACACAUACUACACCAACUACACUAACUACACCAACUACACAAACUACACCAACUACACAUACUACACCAACUACAUAUACUACACCAACUACAUAUACUACACCAACUACAUAUACUACACCAACUACACAUGCUACACCAACUACACUAACUACACAAACUACACCAACUACUUAUACUACACCAACUACACAUACUACCCCAACUUCACAUACUACACCAACUACACAUACUACACCAACUAAACAUACUACAUUAACUACAUAUACUACACCAACUACAUAUACUACAGCAACUACACAUACUACACCAACUACAUAUACCACACCAACUACACUAACUACAUCAACCACACAUACUACACCAACUACGGUAACUACACCAACUACACCAACUACACAUACUUCACUAACUACAUAUACUACACCAACUGCACAAACUACACCAACUACACAAACUACACCAACUACAUAUACUACACCAACUACACUAACUACACCAACUACAUAUACUACACCAAUGACACUAACUUCACCAACUACACAUACUACACCAACUGCAUAUACUACACAAACUCUAUUAACUACACAUACUACACCAACUACACCAAGUACACCAACUACACAUACUACACCAACUACAUAUACUACACAAACUAUAUUAACUACACAUACUACACCAACUACACCAAGUACACCAACUACACAUACUACACCAACUACAGCAACUACAUAUACUACACCAACUACACAUACUACACCAACUACAUAUACUACACCAACUACAUAUACUACACCAACUACACUAACUACACCAACUACACAUACUACACCAACUACACUAACUACACCAACUACAUAUACUACCCCAACUACAUAUACUACACCAACUACACAUACUAGACCAACUACACAUACUACACAAACUACACCAACUACACAUACUACAUCAACUACAUAUACUACACCAACUACACUAACGACACCAACUACACCAAACAUUAACUUUCUCAUAGUGGGCAAAGUGGUCAUGGAAUGUCCCUAUAUUCGUGACGGUUAUCAUAUCGUACAAACAAGAGUCGUGGAUUGUUUCUGCGGCCGUAGCUUCGGUGAAACUCCUAUUGUGCUGUAGCUGUGCGGGCGCUACUUUUGGUCUGUUUUUCCCUUGCCUAUAGAAGUUUCAUUUACUCAUAAGGAUUGCAAACAGUCACUGUUUGCAAAAUGAUAUAAAAUUGUCGAUGAAAAUAAAAUUGUUAUGAGAGACGAUGCACGAUUUCUCUAGCUGUAUCUCAACUUGCUCUUUGUUCGCCGCUCCCCCUUCUUACCGGGUUAAUAAAACGUUACUAUUAAAUGGACGAAUUUUUAUUUAAGCAAAUCCACGUAUGAACUACAGAUAUCUUUCACUCUGAGUUAAAUAUAUACAUAUAAGCACAGCACUAUCUUCUGAGAAGCAGGAAAUCGCCGCCUAAAAUCGCACCUUUGUCCGUCUCCGAAUCGCGAUAAACUUAUUGAAAUUACCUUAUGAAGCCAAUAGUAAGCAUCCGAGGCCACUAUGAGAUCUUGAGAGUUCUCUAAAUCGCUCUCUCCUGUAGUGUUUUUCAGAAAAGGAAGCAGUGUUUUGAUCCCAGGUUUUGAUUCAUCUCUCUCACGAGAUGCGAACUCGACCGUGUCACGAUUGAAAUGAGGCACAUAAACAGUUUUACCCAUAAACCUUUGUGGGUCGUGACGCUCACCGCCUGUUUAUCACUGGUUUCAAGAAACAACAUGACCCUUGCCCUAACCCUAACCCUAACUCUAACAACAAGACACUAGAGGCUUUAAUAACAUGACCAGAACUUCUCCUUGUUUCCGUGCUAUGUAUCCACAUCACCUCUAACUCCUUUGCAUGUAACCAGCAUAUCUUAGGUACCCAUUUGUACCUGUGGAUGUAACACAAAACAAAGUUAUUUUCUAAGGAAACAACGUAAUGACACGAACUGAGCUGCUACGCAACCAAACCAUCAUAUGUUAAAUUUAGUUGUUGAUAUUUUCGUCUUUUUUUGUAGGAGAAUGUUGGUCAGGACCCGAAGCAGGCGAGGCUCUUGCCGGCCAGGAGUCUCCAAACAAGUGCGUUACGAAGGAUUUUGAAAAGUGUGAACCAAAUGACACUUGUGUCGGAAAACAGAAUGCCAAUGCUAUAUACUCAGUUUAA